AUGUCUCGAAAUCUCCCCUCCACAGUCGAUUCAGAAGAAGGCCUUUUCGACAUCUCUACAGCUCCUACAACGCCAGACGGCAGCCUGACUUUCAGUCCUGUCCUGAAAGCUGCGCAAUUGCAAGAUGUCUUCGGAGAUGCAGCUUCUACCAAAGAGCAGGAGAUCAAGGGCAUUUCCUCACUGGAUGCGACUCUAUGCUCCAGUGGCGUUGGGGUGAAGAAUAUUUGUUGUGUGGGGGCUGGAUACGUUGGUGGACCAACGGCGGCUGUCAUGGCUUUUCAAAACCCUCAUAUCAACGUAACGGUGGUUGAUCGGGACUCAUCACGAAUUAAACAGUGGGAAUCCAAGCACCCCCCAAUCUACGAGCCCGGCCUGCACGAAAUUCUCAGAAUUGCCAGAGAUGGAUCCAAGGCCUGUUCAUUCUACAACGAACCGACCCGCUCUGAAUCCAUUGACGGCAUGUCUUCAGCCAGCUCAGCGACCUCGGAAUGCGAAAGCCAAUGCGGAGAGCACAGGGACGAGAUCGUGAUCUCUGCUCGUCAACCCAACCUCUUCUUUUCUACCGAAGUCUCUAAAUGCAUCAGCGAAGCCGAUAUCAUAUUAAUCGCAGUCAACACCCCAACUAAAAUGCGGGGAGUAGGGGCAGGACGGGCAACAGACGUGACAGCACUUGAAGCCGUAACCCGCGAAAUCGCAAUCCACGCCAAACCCGGCGCAAUACUGGUGGAGAAAAGCACAGUACCUUGCCGCACCGCACAGUUAAUACAAGACACGCUCAAAGCCCACCGCCCAAACCUAACGUUUGAGGUCCUCUCCAAUCCCGAGUUCCUUGCUGCGGGUACCGCAGUCACUGACCUUCUCUCACCGGACCGUGUGAUUAUUGGCUCCUCAGACACCCCCAGUGGCCGCCGUGCGGCGGCCGCCCUCGCUUCCGUAUACGCCUCUUGGGUUCCCCUAUCCAGGAUCGUAACGAUGAACAUCUGGUCCUCCGAACUCUCAAAAUUGGUAGCUAAUGCAAUGCUUGCUCAGCGGAUCAGUAGCAUCAAUUCCAUUUCCGCAAUCUGCGAAAAGACAGGAGCGGAUAUCGACGAAGUCGCCCGGUCGAUAGGCCUGGAUCCUCGGAUCGGAAACAAGUAUUUAAAGGCGGGAAUUGGGUUUGGAGGAAGUUGUUUCAAGAAAGAUAUCCUGAGUCUGGUCUACCUCGCUCAGAAUCUGGGGUUAGAGGAAGUGGCAGACUAUUGGACCAAGGUACUCGAGAUAAAUGAAUGGCAGAGGACGAGGUAUGUUCGGAGGAUUAUAAGUUGUCUAAAUGGCACACUUGUAGGGAAGAAGUUGGCGGUUUUGGGAUAUGCUUUCAAAAAAGACACCUCCGAUACACGGGAAUCACCCGCACUGGAGUGCAUCAAGGCCCUUCUUGAAGACGGCCCCCGGGAGAUUGCAGUCUUCGACCUCUUCUGUGAUCCUACCAUUAUAAGAAGUGAAAUUCGAAGACUGUUAGGAGCGGAGGUCCUAAGGGAGGGAGGGGGGCCAAUUGAGAUCUAUAGCGAUGCGUAUCGAGCAUGCGACAGCAGCCAUGCGGUCAUUAUCAUGACGGACUGCGAUGAAUUCCGCAACACUGCCUCCUCAUCCGCGACGCCACGGCGCAAGCUUCAACAAGAUCCCAGACCAUUCCAGCACCUCUCGCCCACCGAAUCCGAGGUUCUCCGUCUGCAGUCCCAUCUCUCCACCACCUCAACUCCGCUCCAAAGGUUCGUGGAUGAACCAGAGUGCGAGAGUGGGUGUGUGCGUUGUGGAAUUGAAAUGGAGAAGCGUGAGUUGAAAGGGGAGGGGGCGGUGAGGAGCACUGAGAGACUAGACUGGGCGCGCAUAGCAUACCAUUUGCAGAAACCUAAAUGGGUGUUUGACGGCCGUGGCGUGUUGGACAUUGGCGGGAUGGAGGGCUUGGGCGUUCGACUCGAGGGAAUUGGAAGGGUAGGAUGGAGCGGACGGUGAUUUCAUGCGCGGACAGAUAUCUGGAUAUUAUCAUAAUGGCAUCAAGAUGGGAUUUAUUUAGUAGGUUCAGAUUCAGACUGGGUCUUAGGAAUUCAGCAUAGGCUGGCAUUUUUGUGAAGUGGGGGUUAUUUGGGUUUGAAUUUGGAUUUGGAUUUUAUUUUCGUCUUUCAUCUCUUUUCCUUCAUGGUUUGUAGACGUUGAGAUAAGGUAGGGCAGCAGGAAUAGGGUAUUGAUAUGAGGCUUCUCGCGCGUGUGAUACUGAGGGGAUCGGCUUUCAUCAUGGGACAUAAAGUGCGCGUGAUUGACAC